AUGGCUCAAAACAUUCAAGACAUACCAAGCCCAAUCCCUGAUCCCAUUCCUAUGGAUCAAGAUUUUCAAAGCCCGAUUGUUGAAGAAGAUGUCAUACCUUCAGAAGGAGCUCAAGCCUCAAGAAGCUCAUUUGAAACACCUGAGCUGGACAUCUCCAAAGGCAAAAGCAAGUUGUCUGAAUCAGAAAUAGUUGAUGUGGUUCUGCUUCAGAACAGAGUCUUUGAUCUGGAACAAAGCUCUGCCGAAAAAGAUUUGAUUAUUGGAAAGCAGGAUAUUAGAAUCAGCGAGCUUGAGAAAGAGAACUCUAAUAAAGAUUCAAAGAUCUAUGAACUUCAAGAAAAUCUUGGUGGUCUAACUGCUCUAUUAUUUGACCUGAAACAACACAUAUUUCAAAAGUUUGGUGAUGAAUUUCAACCGCUGAGUGCUGAAGGAGAAAAGAUCACUGCCUCUAGUUCAGGUCCCGCCGAUCCAGCUUCUCAAUCUUCAAGUGUAAGAGCUACAAGACCUGCUCCAGAUGCUAAUGUUGAUGCAUUCUUAUCUUUUGGUCCUUCUUCUGCUCAAGAAAGAAGAGAAAAGCAAAUAAGGAUUGAGCAGCUGAAAGGGAAGAUACUAGUGAUGAAGCAUUCAGACCAAAAUGCUCUAGGGGGAAGAAGGAAUUAUGCUACGAUCAGAAGGAAGCUAGAUACGGAAGGAAGCUACAACUUGCGUGUGUGUAUAUGCGAUAACAGGGGAAACACCAACUGGAAUCAGCGAUCGAUUAGAUGUAGCGAUUGGAUGCAAAGAUCGGAAGCCUCAGGGAAGGGAAGGAUCGAUUGUGACUUAAGAAUGUAUGGGGGAAACGAUUUUUGGCAGAAUCGAUCCAUAAAGCUGUGA